GAAAGGUUUCAAGAAUGGUUCAAGAACCUGAUGUACAAUCACAAUUUCAAAACAGGUGACCUGGUCCUCAUAAGGAACAGCAGACAGGAUGGCCCCCUCCAUGAUAAGAUGCAGAGUCAAUAUAUGGGACCAUAUAUUGUUGUUAAGCAAAGAUCCAGAGGUGCUUACAUAGUGGCCGAACUCCUGUUUGGAAAUCAGCUCAAACAAGUCUGA